AUGGCAUUCGCUCGUAGUAUGAGUCGUUUAAAAAACAAAAGAGAACAUGAAAAUGUCAGUAACGACUCGAGACUCUCAAGAGAAAGUGUUCGCAAUAAGCAUCCACCUAUAAGCAGAAACAAUUUGUUGGAUCCUUCUCAUUCAUCACAGCCUAUUAUCCGGCAUUCUUCAGUAAAAACAGAUCGCCCUCAUUUUCAAAGAGCUAGUACUUUAGUACCUGAACAGUCGAGCGAAAUAUUAAACGAUGCUGUGGAAGAGCCGGUGAAUGAUAACCCCCCUUUUCAUGAAACUCCAUCAGCCUUUUCCUCUCCUGCUCGAUCUGUGUCGAUUGAGUCAACUCAUACUAUCCCACCUCAAGCUAGUGGCAUCUAUGACAAUGUUGAUCCUUUUGCUCAAAGUGAAUUGGAAAGAAAUAAUUCGCCUUUUUCUCCGUUCAACCGUCAAUCGGAGUUUGCUACAACCAACACAAAUGAAUCAGAUACUCUUAAUGAACAGGGACGCUCGACUAGUCCCCCCAUCUCUUCUUAUCCAAAAAGAAUUAGUUCUCAACUUGGACCUCCCCGUCAACCCGUAUCUCAAUUAAACCGACCAGUGCCUAGUACAAGCAUGGACAGGAAUAGAUUUGUGUCUGAAGUCACUCAUCCUCCCCGGAUUUCCAACGAAAGUGAUAAAUACAAUACACGAAGUGUGUCACUUCCUUUGCAUCAAUCCGUACUUGAUAAUACGCUAUGCAGUUCCUACCCUACUGAUGAAUCUAAUCCCUUUGCCUCAGUGGAGGAGGGCACUAUUCCUUUAAGAUACAACCUUGGGGAAACUCAUUUAAGGAGAGAUUCGAGGCAUAACCUUUUAGAUUAUGGAUCUUCUUCUAGCUCAGUAAGUAGCACAUCUGGUGUUCAUAAACCGGUUGCUAGUGCAAGGUAUACUGGAAAUAUUGCCCAUCAAUCAUCUCAAUCCGAAAAUGCGAAUGAGGCUAUUACUGCCAGGGAAAAUUUAAGAAAUCGUUCAUCUGACCACCCUGGUAAUGUGGAAAAGGUCCAGCGGUUGCUAAGUCCCAAAGAAUCUGAUGUUUUGCAAACUCAAGUAAAAGAUGGUCUAUCUAGAUUUAUGGUCUUCUUUACUGUUGGUAUUAUCUUUCCUCCUUUGUGGGUAAUAGCAUCCUUUCUUCCUAUCCCAGGUAGCAGAACUUACAAAAUGCAGUGGAAACAUGUACAGUGGAGGUUUGUUAAUCGAGUUGUUUCGUGUCUUGGCAUUGCAAUUGUUUUUUUGUUCAUCGGAUUAGGGGUUACUGGAUCAUAA